AUUUAACAAAUUUAAACCCGACAUUAGAAAUAACCUAUAACAUGUAAUGGCUUCCCGAGGAAAGGCAGAGACUACCAAAUUAAAACAAAAUUUAGAAGAACAAUUAGACAGAUUGAUUCAGCAGCUGAAAGAUUUGGAAGAAUGCAAAGAAGACCUGGAUGCAGAUGAAUAUGAAGAGACCAAAAAUGACACCAUAGAACAGUUGAAAGAUUUCCAGGACUCUCUGGAGAAUAUGAUGAAGGGAAAUAUGAGUUUAGUGGAUGAAUUGAAUGGCAUGCAGUUGGCUAUACAGGCAGCAAUCAGUGAGGCAUUCAAGACCCCCGAGGUCAUCAGAAUGUUUGCUAAGAAGCAGCCGGGGCAACUACGUCAGAGACUGGCAGAGUUAGACAGAGAUGCAAAGAUUGGGAAGUUGUCCACAGAGCAAGCCACAUCACAGUCUGUGGAAAUUCUUACAGCUCUGAAAAAAUUAGGAGAGUCGUUGACUCCCACUGAGGAGGCUUAUCUACAGAGCAAUUCCAGUGCAAGUUUAAAACAGUUUGAAAAAGUUUCUGGGACAAUAGCGGCUGGAGACAAGGUUUUAGAAGUGGCUGGUUCACAGGUUCAACAAGCAAACAAGUGA